AUGUUCUCAUCCCGCCCCGCCACUUCGAUCCCCCCGUCCGACGACAUUUUCUCGCACUCGCCGCCGCCGGCCUUCCCUCCGCAGGCCCCGACUACCUACGCGGCUCCCGGAUCCCGCACGUCGCCGUCUCCCCGAUCCCGACGACGUCCUCCCAGCAGAGGCCGAACAGAUCCGACGAACACGAUCCUAGCCUCGAGGAGUCUCUUUGGCCUCGACGACGGAUAUAACGCCCAGCAGACAAGCACUACGAACCGCAAUAUUGGGAGGAAUCCCCCUGCGGACUCCGAGCAUCGACCCUCGAUCUUCGCCUUCCACCGUGCUACGCCCUCUGCCUCCAUUAUUCCCUCAAACCCGCCGCGGUCCUCCUCGUUGGCCACUAGCAACCCCCCACGCACUUCGUCUCUGCUCCCAGCCGCGAGAAUCACCGCGGAUCCGGGUGCUCCAUACGGCGUUGGCGCGCCCGAACUCCGCGACCCGUUCAAUGACCCGCGGCCGGCUCCCAGGAUCCCAGAUUUGACGAGAGGAGACUCGCGACAGAGGAGGGGGCAUUCACGGUCAAGCAGCACUGGUGGCCUAAGCGACACCUUUCGGAACCUGAACCGCUGGUCGGCCUCGACAGCCUCGAGUCGGGCGUCCAAUCUUGCCGACUUCACCCGCCGUGUUAGCGCGGACAUUCUUGGGGUAGCCUUCCAUUCGCCCGGGAGGAGAUUGCAUAGGCGGCAACCAUCCACGCCGGGAGGUUCCCCGCGCUCGUCCGUCCAAAACCGCAGCCGCGCCGAAUCGCCAUCGGCCCCAGCCGUUCCGCCUUUGCAACGGUUGCCCCAUAUCUCGACCGGCCCCUCGCUGGAGCAUGAGGUGCUCGAGGCUGAGCUGCUAGGACGGCUUUCUCCAGAACAAACGGGGAACGACCAGCGCCGCGCGCCGAACGGGAACACCCUGGAGGUUGGGGAUGAUCGGCCAGGUCCGGAGCAAGAGAGUGGGUCACUAUCAUCCUUCUACGGGGCUCACAUAGGAGCCCAGGCGCACGACGCCCCCGGACAGCGGCCCAGCAUGCCGUACACACAAAAUGGUCAGGCCGGGGGCCACUCGCGGAGUCGCUCCACGGGCGCAAACGGCAGCGCAGACACCACCGCAUCAUCGAGAAGUCGGGAGAGGGAUCGCGACAGCAGGGAGCGGGACCGCCAGGGAAGACCGCUGUCGCAAAAGGCCAUGUUGUCGAAAGCUCUCCAAAAAGCAAACACCGCCGUCCAGCUAGAUAAUGCGCAAAACUUCGAGGGGGCCAGACGAGCCUAUUCCGAGGCAUGCGCUGUACUACACCAGGUACUCCUGCGGACUUCUGGAGAAGAGGAUCGCAGGAAACUCGAAGCUAUCCAUGAAACCUACCUCGGCCGGGUCAUGGAGCUUGACGAGCAGCUCGUAGACAUGGAACCCGAAGGCAAGGCGUUGCCCCUACGCCCUGAAAGCAAUGACCUUGAAAUGUUACGUGGAGAGGAAUUUGACGACGAUUACUCGCGACCGUUUACAGCUACAGGGACAGGAAUAUCAACAAGAACCCCUUACCAAGACAACGAUCACGAUACACAACCGAACACUUAUUUGCCCGAACCCACGAGACCCCCACCACCACCUUCGCGUGCUUCACCAAUCCCUGGAGAUGGCGUAAGGGAAGGCCCUUCUUCGUAUUUAACACAACAGUAUUCUUUACAGUCUGCAUUUUCAAGAGCUAGGUACAACGGUUCGAACUUGCGCCCACCAACCAUGGACGGCGCGUACGUGCCACCGCCUCUAUCGCCUCGGCGUGCGUUCUCACCAACCGAGUUUCCGCCACAGCAAAUUGAGCACGGGAUUCCUCACCGACCACCACCACAACCGCCAGCACCAAGCAACCAGUUAGCGCCGCAGGCCCCUGCAGGUGGCCAUCGCCGGAUCAACAGUCACGAAUCUGUCUCCUGGCUCGACCCGAUCGAUGAAUCUGAACACUCGAGCGUCGCGUCGGUUCAUUCACGGUCAUCAUCGCGAGUGAGAAGGAGACAAAUACGAGCCGCAAGUGGCGCCACAGAAGCUGAGUUUGAUGCUGCCCUGGAUGAUGCGAUUGAAGCCGCCUACGACGACGGAUAUGAACCGGAAUCGCACGUGAGCCGGCAACCUUAUGGCGACCCUCAGACCGAUCCCAUUGCCAAUACACUACGAAGGGUGGAAAUGGCCCGGGAACUAGUACGCGAGUCAGAGAGGGAAGCGCUGGAGCUGGCGAACGAGCGUGAGCAAAGGUUACGACUACAACAACAGUUGGAAGAUGAAGCGUACCGCAGACAAAAUGAAGGUGAGGAAGGGCCCGGGGAAGACAAUGAUUCGGAAGAGGAGGAACGACUACUGGAAGAGAUGGGACUGGGCAAUGCGAUUGAAGACUUUGCGUUCGGCGCGCAACCAACCCAAGCUGUACCACGAGAGUCAGACUCGAGCGGGAUGACGGGGCGAACCUGGCACAGCUCGACGGGGUCGAACCCACCCACGGCGACGACGGUCCUGACGCCGGUCAGCGAGGACAACAGUCUACCCCGCCCGUCCGGCCCGUUGCCCGCGCUACCACCUCACGCGGCGGCUCCACUACCGCCCCAGCCAACCUCGGCCGGAUCCCAGACGUCGAGCCAAAGCGUUCGAAAUCGGCGACUGUCCGGCCAGAACCCGAAGGAACUGAAGAUUGAGACGAACAAGCUUGCGCCUGCAGCCCCCGCGACGGCUGGACCUGCUAUUCCGUCGCAGUCCAAGGCUGGUAGUUAUAUUGUGCAACAACGCCAGGCUCUUUCUGCGGGCUCUAAUCGUAUUGCUGGUCCUUUCUCAGCCAGGGCUGGGCCUUCACCGAUUCCCGGGACGCUUGAUGAAGAGCCAGACGAGCCACUGCCCCCAAUGGCCUUCUCCCACGAGGAAUACCCCCGCGUCGGUACCCCUUCCGUUGUGCGCGCGCCAAACUUACGCAAGAACUUUUCCGCGUCAAGCCUGAAAAGUCUCAAGACUCGCAACCUCUCGAUCUCUCAUCUCGAUGAAACUUCCGAUCACUCUCCCGCAACCCCGGUCAGCAACCAUUUCGGCUCCCGUCUUCCCGCCGUCCCCUCGCUGCCCCCAGGGUUCGUUGGCAAGGACCGGGCCAACAGCACGACCACCUCAGGGCUGCAUCUUUUCGAAAACCACUUCCACUCCGCUGACGAACCUGGUUCGCCAAACCCCCUCACCCUUGACGCUCCGGCCCCGCUCGAACCCUGCCCCAACGAAUUCAUGCUCCGCCCCUUCUGGCUCAUGCGCGCGCUUUACCAGACACUAUGCCACCCGCGCGGUGGAUACAUCAGUAACAAGCUCUUUGUUCCGCGCGAUGUCUGGGGGGUCAAGGGUGUCAAGCUCAAGGGGCUGGAGGACAAGAUUGCCAACUGCGAUUUAUUGACGGCUGCGCUGCAACGACUGGGCCGCGUAGAUACUUGCGACGCGGACGCGGUGCUCGAGGAGAUGCAGGCGCUCGAGGGCGUGCUGGAGCAAGUGCAAGCCACACUCACACGGAAGCUAGGCAAUGAAGUUGGCGUACAGGCGGCGAGUAGUAUGUUUAAGGAUGCCGGCGCGGCCGAUGCAGCCGCGGACGCGGCGUCUAUGCCCCGGUCUGCGAGUGUUGCGGGGAAGGCCAGUACCUUUUCCUGGCGCAGGUUGCGGAGCAAGAACUCCUCGGCGAAUUUGCCUGGUUUAACUCACGGCGGUCGUGGAGCCGCGGGUGGUUUGGCGGGCGCAGGGUUGAGCUCGACCAAUCUGGCCGACGGGGCAGCGAAGGAUAUGGCGCUGGCUAGUCUCCCGAUGACUAUGAACCCUACGAGUCGACCGACGAAGCGGGAUAUUGGGAGCGUGUCGUUUGCCGGGCCGAACGCGAAUUAUAUGGCGUCGUUGGCGAGAUUGUUUGAUGCGGCGCAGACUGUUGACCAAAUUGCGCGACAAGUUGACGAUCCCGGACUGCGGCACGCCGACAAGACACAGGUCGGCCUCGAACUAUGCACGCGCCAUGCGGCGGAAUUCUUUGCAUUUUAUGUCUGCCGCUUUGCGUUGUCGGACUUGACGAUGCUGCUGGACAAGUUUCGCCGCGCCGCCGAAGUUGAGAAGCGCAUCGAGGCUAUUCCCCUCGAGCGGUACCGCAACUUUUGCAUUGUCGCGCAUAUUGAUCAUGGGAAGAGCACGUUGAGUGAUAGGCUGCUGGAGUUUACCGGGACGAUCUCGGCGAGUGAGGCGAAUAAGCAGAUUUUGGAUAAACUCGACGUCGAACGCGAACGCGGCAUCACCGUCAAAGCCCAAACCUGCACCAUGCUCUACCGUUCCCCGCGCGACGGCCUCGACUACCUCCUCCACUUAGUCGACACACCCGGCCACGUCGACUUCCGCGCCGAAGUCACCCGCUCCUAUGCCUCUUGCGGCGGCGCCCUACUGCUCGUCGACGCCUCGCAGGGUGUGCAAGCGCAGACGGUGGCAAACUUUUAUCUGGCAUUUGCGCAGGGCCUGUCGCUGGUGCCGGUGGUGAACAAGAUUGAUUUGCCGACGGCGGAUGUGGAUCGCGCGCUGGAGCAGUUGCGGAGCGUGUUUGAGUUGGAUACGUCGUUUGCGGUGCAGGUGAGCGCGAAGACGGGGUUGGGGGUGGGGGAUAUUUUGCCGGCGGUGCUGGAGCAUGUCCCGGCGCCGGAGGGGAAUUUGAAUGGGCCGUUGAAGAUUUUGUUGGUGGAUUCGUGGUAUGAUACGUUUAAGGGGGUGGUGUUGUUGGUGAGGGUGUUUGAUGGGACGGUUAAGCCGGGGGAUAAGUUGGUGAGUCUGGGUACUGGGCAGGAGUAUACCGUGGGCGAGGUCGGGAUACAGUACCCCAACCAGGUGCCACAGAGGUUGUUGAGGGCUGGGCAGGUUGGGUACAUGUUUUUCAACCCUGGGAUGAAGAAAAUCCAGGAUGCCAAACUUGGGGAUACAUUUACAAAGGUUGGUUCCGAGAGGAUUGUUGCGCCGUACCCGGGGUUCGAGGAGCCGAAACCGAUGGUUUUCGUCGCGGCGUUCCCGACGGAUCAAACGGAUUACACUAAGCUGGAGGACAGCAUCAAGCAGCUGGUGCUCAACGACCGCAGCGUGACCAUCCAAAAGGACUUCUCCGAAGCGCUCGGCGCGGGCUGGCGUCUCGGGUUCCUCGGCAGUCUGCACUGCUCCGUCUUCCAGGACCGGCUGCGCCAAGAACACGGCGCCGACGUGAUCAUCACCGAACCCGCCGUGCCGAUCCGCAUCGUGUGGAACAACACCAAAGACGGCAGCGCCGAGUCCGAAACCAUCAUCACCAACCCGGCGCAGUUCCCCGAGGGCGAAGAUGUGCGCAUGCGCCGCGCCGAGAUCUACGAGUUCUACGUCAACGCCACCAUCACCAUGCCGCAGGAAUACCUGGGCCGCGUCAUGGAAGUGUGCGCCGAGGCCCGCGGCGAACACAAGAAGCUUGAGUUUUUCCACGCCACGGAUCAGGUCAUGCUCAAGUAUGAGCUGCCCAUGUCGUGUCUGGUGGAUGACUUGUUUGGGAAGCUGAAGGGCGCCACGAAAGGAUAUGCGACGCUGGAUUAUGAGGAUGCUGGGUGGCGGCUUAGCCGGUUGGUGAAGAUGAAUUUGCUGGUGAACAAGGAGCCCGUGGAUGCCAUUGCGCGCGUGGUGCAUCACAGCCAGGUCGAUCGGUUGGGCAGGCAGUGGGUGACUAAGUUCAAGGAGCAUGUGCAGAGACAGAUGUUUGAGGUCAUCAUCCAGGCGGCCGUGGGCAAACGCAUUGUCGCCCGUGAGACCAUUAAGCCGUUCCGCAAGGACGUGCUGGCCAAGCUGCACGCGAGUGAUAUUUCGCGCCGUCGUAAGCUGCUGGAGAAGCAAAAGGAGGGCCGUAAGCGUCUGCGAGCGGUCGGCAACGUGGUCAUUGACCAGAAGGCGUUCCAGGCAUUUUUGUCGAAAUGA